UGUACAGCAAAUAGCAACAUAAGUUAAACCAGGUAUUUACUUCUGGAAGGCAGAUUAAUAGUAUAUGUACUAAUUUAACUUCAGUGCAUUGCACUCCGGUUUGGUUGCGCUUGAUGUAAUUAUUAGUCAUGCGUGUAGCGUCGCGUCGAAAGAUACUUUUAAUUAUCUUAAUUGGAGUAAUUUGUUAUUUCACCCUUUUGUGGAGUUCGCGCUCGGUUGUUUCAUUCUUCAUUCCAAACCGGUCUGUGUUUAAUAAAUCACAACGUCGUUCAGAGGGGACAAUCUUGCUUUGGAGUCAACCAUGGGGGGUUUGGGGUACAAGUCCCCCUGAAGGUACAAGGUUUGGUCGAUGUGAAAUAACAUACAGUCGUAGACGUUUACCUCAAGCAGAUGCCGUUGUAUUUCAUUUAACAUCUGUGUCAUCAGUAGACAUACCAUGGAUGCAUCAAAGGUGGCCGGAACAACUGUAUGUAUACUGGUCGAUGGAGAAUCCGUGGGUGAUGAAAUAUCUGUAUCGACGAGAUUUCAAAAGGUUUAACAACUUUUUCAACAUGACAAUGACAUACCAUCGUACAGCUGAUAUUUAUGAUAGUUACGGCACACGUGAAGGUACUUUAAAUAAAGUUACGCGGGGAAAGCAUGUUGUGGAUCAGAUUAUGGAAGAGAAAUCUGAUACCGCGAUAUGGAUUGUAAGUAAUUGUAAUACCAUGCGUGGAGCAUUGGAAAGGAUUGCUUAUGUGGAUGCUAUGGUUCAAUCUGGCUUCAAAAUGCACAGAUGCGGAUUUUGCUUCAAUCUUUGCAAAGACCUUCCUUUGCACAAAGCUGAUGAGUGGGGAAAUGCUAUUCGGAAAUUUAAGUUCUAUUUCUCGUUUGAAAACAACAAGCACUGCAAAGAUUAUAUGACGGAGAAGUUUUGGGAGGCAGCGUUGUGGCAUGGUGUAGUACCUGUUGUGUACGGGCCUAAAGAUGAAGAUGUGAUAGCAGUCGCACCCAGGAAUUCCUAUAUUCAUGCCGAUUGGUUUGCCAGCCCUGAAGAACUUGCACAAUAUUUGAUGUUUCUCGACGCUAACAAUGAUGAAUAUCGUAAAUAUUUUGCUUGGCGCGAAGAUGAAAUGGUCACAGUGGAAAAGAUGGAACAGCAGAUCAUGUUCGAUCAUCCUCAUAUACCCGUGUUCACGGCCCCGCUGCUACCUCAGUUUACCAGGUUGUGCGAUGUUGCGCUCGACAACUGGAACCAAACAUGGAUCGUGGAAUCUCUGGUUGAUACUUUGUAUCUUCACGAGCGCGAGGAGUGCAUGAAACCAGGAAAAUGGGAGAACGUCACUUCCCUCACACAAGAACUUGAAGAAUAAAAAUAAGGUUUAUAUUUCUAAACAUCAUUUCUUCAAUUAAACAUUUGUCUAAAAUAUAUUUGGUUACACAAUAUCAACAUAACAUUUUAUGCAAUUCUAAAGUGUUUUUUAUAUUCCUGAUUAUUGUAGCGUGUGUGUUUGUUGUCACUGUUGUUUUGUAUUUAGAAUUUACAUUAGGUGAAAGUUUUUAUUUUUUUAUUGUUGCUGAUAUAUGUUGUCUUGGAAAGCCACAACGUUAAACCUUAUUAUCUGCCUCAGUUAUUACACAAGUUGUCACUAUUGCAUGUCAUAAAUUUAUUGUCAAUAUUUUUCAUGAGACACCAUAUUAUUAUUUGUGCAAUUUUGAUUUUGCAAAAACCAAAACCUGAAUAAUGAUGCCUUAAUAUUUUAGUUUUUUCAAGAUCACCGAUUUAUUCCAAUAAAUAUGAUAUUUUGAAGACAAUUUUUUGCAAAUUUUAUAUACUUUAAAAAUGCUGAUAUUUUUACACAAAUGCAAACACAGGAAUUGUUGUUCGAUGUUUGACGACUUUUGUUGGUUUAAAUUUGUAGCCAGAGUUUUCUAUACCCUUAGUAUUUAAUGUUUGAAUAACAAUAUAUGAAAUAAAUAUGUGUGGAUGAUUGUU